AUGCUUUCACACAUCACCCCAUCGGUCCUCUGGGUGCUCUUCUUUUGGCGUCCAAAACACCCACUUAGGCACACAUUUUCUCAUCUGCCGGCCAUGUGUGCGAUAAGUCACCUACUCCUCCCGUUCCUCCUCUACACCCACUUGGUGUGCGAGGCCCAAGAGGAUGACGACGAAAAGAGCGACUCAUCCGGGUCUCCUCUAGUCGUCGACGUCAACAGCACGCCAAGCGGCACUUGUUACAAAAGGUUUGAAACGGGAGUCGCAGACGCCGAGGCACUCGUCUUGUUCCCCGGUCUAGAAACCAUCGCCGCCAUCACAAAUGGAGAUAAAACAAUUUGGAAACCAGGAAAUAAUCAAACAUGCAAAAUGUGCAUCGUAUUCCUAAACAAGGACAAAAAUCCAGGCGUAGUCUACCUCAUGAUCGAGAAUUCUUCGGGGUUGACGGACAAUCCUAGCUCUACCUUUCGGGAUCUUUAUCUCAAGUUCAAGGGUGGGAUCUGGAAGCCCUCAGCAAGAAAAUAUCCGAAUAGAAUCACGGAUCUCAUGCUAAACUCGCCCAUCCGUUCAACGUUUACCGUUGACAUUGAACGUGAGAGCCACGGAACCAAAUGCAAAAACUUCAAGGUCCUCUUUGACGACAUUCCCACGGACAUCUUUAUCCCAAAACCCGGGCAUAUCUGCACAAAGGUGGUGGUCGGUGAAGAGACUUUAUGGGAGAAUCCCAAAGAGAAGUGCAUCCUAGUUAUGGCUCAUUUGAAAAAUAGACAACCCACCAUGGUACACAUGUUCAUCUGGGAUGAAGUGUACGCAUUCAAGCAUCACUAUAUGGAGCUGGAAUCAGAAGGAUGGGUACCGAUCAAUCAAAAGGAUUAUGAAAGUCAAGUCAAGGCACUGGAGGAUAUCAAGACAAUGCCACCAGAGGUACUCAUACAAAGUGCAACUCUUGUGAGUUUAACAAGGGCUCUCAUAGCUGCCAUGAUAAUAUCUGUAAUGUGAAAAUUGAUCACGUCUGUAAAGUAUGAGUGAGCAUGCGCUCCAGUUUUAAAUUCGCAACUGUAUAAGCGAAGACACC